AUGGUUAUGAACGACAACUCCAACAUGUCCUCCACCACCAUCGUACCCCAAACCUCCUCCGCCACAAAUGGCGACCUCCCCUCUUUUACUGUGAAAGCCGGUUUGGCGCAGAUGCUCAAGGGCGGCGUGAUAAUGGACGUGGUGAAUGCGGAACAAGCCCGCAUCGCCGAGGAAGCCGGCGCCUGCGCCGUCAUGGCCCUCGAGCGCGUGCCCGCCGACAUUCGCGCCCAGGGUGGCGUCGCCCGCAUGUCGGACCCGGCCUUGAUCAAGGAGAUCCAGGCCGCCGUCACCAUCCCCGUCAUGGCAAAAGCCAGGAUAGGCCAUUUCGUUGAGUGCCAGAUCCUCGAGGCCCUGGGGGUCGACUACAUCGACGAGAGCGAGGUUUUGACACCCGCAGACAAUACGUACCACGUGGAGAAGGCCGGCUUCAGGGUCCCGUUUGUGUGUGGGUGCCGGAAUCUGGGCGAGGCGCUGCGACGGAUCGCCGAGGGCGCCGCCAUGAUCCGGACCAAGGGUGAGGCCGGGACCGGCGACGUCGUCGAGGCCGUCAAGCACAUGCGCACGGUCAAGAGCGACAUCGCCAAGGCGCAGGCCGCUUUGAAGGAAGGAGAAGGCGCCCUGAGGGCCCUGGCCAGGGAAAUUGGCUGCGACGCCGCGCUGCUCAAGCAGACCGCCGAGCUCGGUCGGUUACCUGUGGUCAACUUCGCCGCCGGCGGCAUUGCGACCCCGGCCGACGCGGCGCUCAUGAUGCAGCUAGGCUGCGACGGCGUCUUCGUCGGGUCCGGGAUUUUCAAGAGCGGCAACGCCGCCAAGCGCGCAAAGGCCAUUGUCCAGGCCACGACGCAUUACAGGGAUGCACACGUCCUGGCCCAGUGCUCCGAGGGCCUGGGCGAGGCCAUGGUCGGCAUCAACGUGAGUGGCAUGAAGGAUGGCGACAAGUUGGCCGUCCGGGGAUGGUAG